AUGGAUGACAAGUUCAUAUUGGAUACUCCUAUAACUAAUGAAGAAAUCAAAACAGUGGUGAUGAAUUGUAAUCCAGAUAAAGCCCCAGGUCCAGAUGGCUUCCCAGCUCGAUUCUUCCAAACCUUUUGGUCUACUGUCCAUUUAGAAGUUUGCGUUGCUGUCCAUCAUUUCUUUCUCACAGGCAAGCUUCCUUUAGGAGUUAGUAGCUCAUUCAUUACUUUCAUUCCAAAAACUGGAAAUGCAUUUAGUCCCAAAGAUUACAGGCCUAUAGCUUUAUGCAAUUUAAUUUACAAAAUCAUUUCAAAAAUCUUAGCUGUUAGACUUGCUCUGGUUCUUCCUAAAUUGGUUAGAUUAGAACAAAAUACUUUUAUAAAAGGGAGGAAGAUUCAAGAUGCUAUUAUUAUGGGGGGGCAUGAAAUGAUUAGUGAAUUUACAAACAAGCAUCCUACAAUGGCUUUGAAGGCUAAUAUUUCCAAAGCUUUUGACUCAGUCUCUUGGAGUUUUCUAUUAAAGAUUAUGGUUACAGCUGGUUUCAUUGCUCAGGGAAUGAUUACUUUGUCACAUACAGCAUUGAAAGCACAUUCUUCUAUCUGUCAUACUUUCUUUGUAAAUGAUCUUCUUAUAACUUGUAAGGCUUCUAUUCCAAAUGCUAGAACUCUUCAAGAAAUUUUUCAGAUAUUCAGAGCUGCUUCUGGGUUACAAAUUAACUACCAAAGUCUAAAGAAGCCACAUUGUUCAGUUUUAUUGGAUAAAAUUUCAAAUAAAAUCAAUGAUUGGUGCAAUGGUAUGCUUUCAGUAGCAGGGAAAACUGAAUUGAUCAAGACAGUUAUCACUCCGACUUGUUUGUACUGGUGCAGUGUUUUUACAUUGCCUAUAUCAGUCCUCAAUCAGAUUCAAAAGCUAUGCAGGGACUUUAUUUGGGGAAGCAGAGACACAUUGAAGAAAAUGCACCUCUUAAGUUGGGAUGUUAUGUGUAGACCUAAAGCUGAGGGAGGUUUGGGUAUCCAAAAAUUGAUAGAUGUGCAACAAGCAGCUCAAUGUACAUUAGCUUGGGAUUUUAUUCUUAGCAAAGAUAGGAUUUGGGUUCCAUGGUUCAAAAACAGAUAUUCUUCUCUAUCUACUUACUGGAAUGCAGUCCCCAAGAUCUCUCAUUCUAUCUUAUGGAAAAAUUUGAUAAAUAUAAGGGAUGUUAUGCAUCUUAAUAUUAAAUUUUCAAUUGGAAAUGGGCAAAUUUUCAAGCUACUGUCUGAUCCAUGGUGUGAAGGUCAUUCUUUACUUCAGAAAUUUGGUCACCGUAUUGUUAGAAGACUGGGUUUUGCUUGGGAUUCCUUUUUGUCCAGCCUUAUGGAUAAUGGAGGCUGGAAUUUACAUAUUUUGCAGGACACCAUUUUUCAUCCUAUCAGAGAUUAUAUUCAAACACUGGUUAUUCAUGACAGAGAAGAUAAAUAUACUUGGGAUGGAGGUUCAUUUUCUUUUAAAAAUGCUUGGAAGGGCUGUAGGGUAAUGCAUCCAGAGGUGUUAUGGUACAGGAUGUGUUAG